GAUUGGGUAUUUUAAGAUGUAAUACUAACUUGUUCAAUUCAGAGUUAAAAUGUUUGAGACAACAUGGCCUUUUUUAAAGGCCCUGGUCAUGGUUCUAUUUAUUUACCCUACAGGGGUACCUGCCCCAGUUCCUCGUUGCUCGCCGUUCAUCAUUAUAAACAAGCUGGCAGAGUCUUCAAAUAUCAUUUCUGACACGAAUCCGUACUUUCCCGUAGGUCCUUGUGAGUACGGAAACCCUAUGAAUGCAAUCAGAGCAGGGGACCUACGUUCCGUUUUUGUGUUUGCCGAGCCGGAGAAAGUUUUGAGGCACAACUUCUAUGAAUUAGUUUUCCUCUUUAAAACAGCUAUUCCAAGAAUCCUUAGGAUGGCUAUGGGACAGAUGAAGUUCAUACAAGACCCAAAUAUACUUGCUGAAGGAUAUCAGCAUUAUACACCGUUUGUUCGGACUACACAGCUUGGACAGGGAACACAGAGGAGACCAGAAAUUAUCGACGACGAAAGAAUCUAUAACAAAGUUGUUGGCGCGAAGCUCGGUGAAUUGUUCAGAAAUGGCCCUGACCGGAUACCUGGACCCUAUACACCGCAAGGAAAUCUGAGAAAAUCUUCUAAUAGAAGAAAAACCCAAAACGGUGAAGUUUCUAGUUCGCAAAAUAGGGCAUAAAGUAUUCCAUCAUUUCAGAGUAAUUGAAAGGAUGUAGAAGACUGAUAAAAGCUGAUUUUUUUAUUUCUCCAGUACAAGAGUAUUUAAGUUUUUACUUGUUUAGAUGAACAUUUUAACGUAAAAAUAUCGAAUAUGAAUAAAGAUAAUGUAGUUUUA